UCUGUGCGCCGUGGUAAGAGAGCUAGACUGGUUACCACAUGGCUUUUAUCCAACUAGAGGCGCUUGAGAGUGGACCGCUUGGAGAGUGGGAGCGCAGUCGCAGGUUAUCCAUCGCCUGGUGCAAGAUCUACCGUCACUCUGCCACGUCUGGGAUCUUCCUUUAUAUAGACGGGAGACUCAACAAAACCACUUUCCUCAACGCGGAUCCAGAUUGUUCUCAUUUUUCUCUUUUGCCCCCCUCUCUCCUUUUUUUCCACCCCCCUGAUCAGGCUUAACCACCCUGUGUUUUGUAAAGGCAAUUGUUAGUGCGCAUCAUCGCGGGAGCCAAAAGGAGGUUUGCCACUUCUUCCAUAGGAGACUGCGGGCUGCUGGAGCGUCAUGACAGCUGAGAAGAGUGGGCCCGUUAUAAACGGUAAACCAGAGGAUGGCAGAGACCCGGAAGGGUCCAGCUCCAGCCUAGACAACAGGGAGUACAAUGAAAGGGGCCAAUGGAACAACAAGAUUGAGUUUGUCCUGUCUGUGGCUGGAGAGAUCAUUGGGUUGGGCAACGUCUGGAGGUUUCCUUACCUCUGCUACAAGAAUGGAGGAGGUGCGUUCUUCGUUCCGUAUGUCAUCUUCUUCGUGUGCUGCGGUAUCCCGGUGUUUUUCCUGGAGACUGCCCUGGGUCAGUUCACCAGUGAGGGAGGCAUUACCUGCUGGAGGAAAGUCUGCCCGCUCUUUGAGGGUAUUGGCUAUGCAACGCAGGUGAUUGAAGCUCAUCUAAACGUGUACUAUGUAGUGAUCCUUGCCUGGGCCAUCUUCUACCUCUUCAACUGCUUCACCACUGAGCUGCCGUGGGCUGGCUGUGGGCACUACUGGAACACAGAGAACUGUGUCGACUACUAUGGAGAAAAUGCCACCAACAUUACAAACCCCAACGCCACCUCUCCAGUCAUCGAGUUCUGGGAACGCAGAGUCCUGAAGAUAUCAGAUGGUAUUGAACACAUGGGUGGAAUGCGCUGGGAGCUGGCCAUGUGUCUGGCCCUGGCCUGGUUCAUCUGCUACUUCUGCAUCUGGAAGGGACCCAAGUCGACUGGCAAGGUUGUGUAUGUGACAGCAACAUUUCCAUACUUCAUGUUGUUGAUCCUGCUGAUCCGAGGAGUGACGCUGCCAGGAGCAUUUGAUGGCAUCAAGUUCUACCUCUACCCAGACAUAUCACGUCUCUCUGACCCUCAGGUGUGGGUUGACGCUGGAACCCAAAUCUUCUUCUCUUAUGCCAUCUGUUUGGGCUGUCUCACUGCUCUGGGAAGUUACAAUGCCUACAACAAUAACUGCUACAGGGACUGCAUCAUGCUGUGUUGUCUGAACAGCGGCACCAGCUUUGUAGCAGGUUUUGCUAUCUUCUCUGUCCUGGGCUUCAUGGCCUACGAGCAAAACGUUCCUAUCGAAGCUGUUGCAGAAUCUGGUCCUGGUCUUGCAUUUAUUGCAUACCCCAAGGCUGUUACUAUGAUGCCUUUGUCUCCACUUUGGGCCUGUCUGUUCUUCAUGAUGCUCAUCUUCCUUGGUCUGGACAGUCAGUUUGUGUGUGUGGAGAGUUUGGUGACAGCCGUGGUGGACAUGUACCCAGAGACCUUCAGGAGAGGCUACCGCAGAGAGCUGCUGAUUCUGGGCAUGUCUAUAGUCUCCUUCCUCAUAGGACUCAUCAUGUGUACAGAGGGAGGGAUGUACGUCUUCCAGCUGUUUGACUCCUACGCUGCCAGCGGGAUGUGUUUACUGUUUGUGGCCAUAUUUGAGUCCAUAUGUAUCGGCUGGGUGUAUGGUAGUGACAGAUUCUACCUAAAUAUUGAGGACAUGAUUGGCUACAAACCUGUCUUCUUCAUCAAGUGGUGCUGGAUGAUCCUGACCCCGGGCAUCUGUGCUGGAAUUUUCCUGUUCUUCCUGAUUAAAUACAAACCACUGAAGUACAACAACAUUUACACCUACCCUGACUGGGGCUAUGGUAUCGGCUGGUUCAUGGCCAUGUCCUCGAUGGUCUGCAUCCCUCUGGGGAUUAUUUGGAUGAUCUGGAAGACUCCUGGUACCUUCACUGAGAGGAUGAAGAAGUUGACAACUCCCAGUCCAGACCUGAAAAUGAGAGGGAAGCUCUCCGCCCUCAGUCCUUACGCUGCCAAUGACGCAAAACUCAAGGUUGAUGGGAAAAUAUCCACCAUCUCAGAGAAGGAGACGCAUUUCUAACCGACCACCUGACCGCCAGACCGAGCUGCCUGCCGUCUUCACAAUAAGUGCAACGAAUGAAAACCACAGCAAACAACAACAACAACAACAACAACAUCAUCCACCACCACACAAAACAGGAAAUGAAACAAAUGACUCGGGAGUUUUAUUUUUGUUUUGUAUAAAAAAAAGGAGAAAAAAAAGGAAACGCUAUCACAUGAUUCGUAGUCUGCUUCUGUUUUGCACAAACUUUGAUAACACAUUUUCUUUUUUCAGUUAACACCGUGACUAAAGAUGCUGUUUUUUUCUUUUCUAACAGUUAAUUUUUUAAAGAAAUCUGUCUGAUGACAUAUAUGGUUAAAACUUGUCCUGGUACCUUGUCAGUACUGGUCACACUAGUGUCUGGGCCUGUAGAACAAUACCAGUGUGCUGUGUUGUAAAAGACUUACACUGUACAUUUAUUGGCAAAGUGCUGUGCCUCUUUAUUAGGUACUAGGUACCCAAAUGUGACUAUCUAAGAUGUAGCAGCGUGGGGACCGUUCUACAUAGUUUUGUGUCUUAAGAGGAUACUGCAGUAUUUGUUAGUGCUGACGCUAUAGGAGGGCAAACCCUGAACACCCCUGCAAGUAAAACUUUGAGUUGUAUAUAUAUCUAGAUGUACCAUCAAAUUCUUGGAUGUUAUCUUAACCAGCUGUGACUGUGAGGUAGUGAUUUGUACUUACUUGAAUUCAGUGUUGUUGCUAAGCAACAUAAGAAAAAACUCUGCUCACUUGAUGUAAUGAAUGAUGUUAUUAGGCUUUUGAUCAUCACGUUAGUAUAUAUUAUAGGGCUUUGCUGAUUUCCACGGCACUGCUCUCAUUCCUAGGUCAUCAAAUACUGACACUUUGUCACGCCCCUCAGCGUCUCAUAGCCAUGCACAGGGCACCGUCUCUGUGUGAUGCACAGCUGAAACCAUAGACUGUAUGUAAAGAUGGACAGUGCAUCUCCACUUCCCUCCACUGUACAAAAAUGAAGCCAAAACAUCCUGGAUAUGGCCGCUGCCCUCAUGCACUGGUGACAUAAUUUGAGGCCAGACUCUCCGCAGUGGUCAAAUCUGCUGGUAUCGAGUUCCCACCCAUUUGCGAGCAGCAGCAUUGAUAGCGAGCAUACCAAUUGGCACACACAGCUGUCAAUCAGGAUCUCAAUUCCCCCCCCCCUCCCCCUCCCCUUUUUUUUAAAAAUCAAAUUACUGAUUAUAACCAAAUGUAUCAGAAAAACAAACACUUGAACAUACAUCAGUGUCAUAAGAAUUACCUAAAAUAACAGAAAGCAUCCUUGGGAAAAAUGUAUUUGACAUGCACUUUGAGUUUUUGGUUUGGCCGAUGUCCAAUCUGCUAACAUGGAAGGGGUGGGAUUUAUGA